CGAGCUUAUUUCACCGUCAGCGGUCACGGAGGCGUCAUCAUACGCACGAGCGCUGUCUAUUUGAAUCAGUGGGUUUUACAGCCGCGUAUCCCUUCACACAGUUAUAAGUCGGAUGAUUUGCAUUUUAAAACGUUUUAACCAAGUGCUUAUCUGAAUCUGGAUUUAACCCACUGAACCUUUAUAUGGACUGCGCGCUUUGCAGCAUUCUGCGUGUUUACCCACUGUAUUUUCCCCGUAGAUAGUAGUUAGAUUUCAGAAUAAGACGAAAUGGCAACGGACGAGCUGUCAUCAAAGCUGAGCCGUCGGCUGCAGAUUGAGGAAGGCGCGCACGACCCGGUGGCCUUGGACGGGUCUCACGAGAACGGAGCUCACGACAAACCGGCCACGGCCAGCGCGGAUUCAGAGCUGGGAGCCAAACUGCAGCGGCGCGGGGAGCUGAACGAGGGCGUCGGUGAACACCAUCAGCCCAGCAUGAAGGUGUUCAACCCCUACACCGAGUUCAAGGAGUUCUCGAGGAAGCAGAUCAAAGACAUGGAGAAGAUGUUCAAACAGUAUGAUUCAGAGAAGGAUAACUACAUCGAUCUGAUGGAGUUGAAGUUGAUGAUGGAGAAACUCGGAGCACCUCAGACUCACCUGGGCCUGAAGAACAUGAUCAAAGAAGUAGAUGAAGACUUGGAUGGCAAACUCAGUUUCAGAGAGUUUCUCCUUAUCUUCAGAAAAGCUGCAGCAGGAGAGCUGGCAGAGGACAGCGGACUCCACGUCUUGGCACGUUUGUCGGAGAUUGAUGUGUCAACUGAGGGAGUGAAGGGAGCCAAAUCAUUCUUUGAGGCAAAAGUGCAAGCCAUUAACGAAUCAAACCGUUUUGAGGCAGAAAUCCGCCAGGAGCAGGAGGAGAAAAAGCGUGAGGCGGAGGAGAGGAAACAAAGACAAGCCGCUUUCAAAGAGUUGAAGUCAGCCUUCAAAUAGCUGCAUCGACAGCCUCGAUUUACUCAUCCACGUGUGUGUGUGUGUGUGUGUGUGUGUCUGUCUGUCAUCAGAGUCCCCCGCAAUCAGAGAUACUAUGCAAGGCUGUGAAACGCUCAGAGAUCCAUGCAGAUUCAUCUUCCUGAGAGAGGAACAGCUGUGUAGUUUGCGCUCAUGAGCAGAUCUCUUGUCUAGAUUUAUCAUUGCCUCUUUCUCUCGCUCUCUCUCAGGCUGAUUUUGAAUGUGAAGCCAGACACUGAUCUCAGUACACUGGAUUGGAUUUGUUCUGUUUCGGUCGCAUGAGUAUAUAUGUACUGUAGUCCGUUCACCUCAUCGUUUUAGCUUUAACGGCAUCUUGCGUCUUGUUCUUGUCGAUGCAUUAGUAGGUUUAAUUCUAACGCUUAAGGAGUUUUAAAGUUUUUUUAAUCGACUAGUACUCUCAGUAUGCCACACAUCCUAUCCGUUGUAUUCAUAUCAGUGGCAAUUGCACUAGUGCAAAACAUAAUUCUCUGGUUAUGCAAGAAAUGCUUUACACUGUACCGUGACUAAUUAAACUCUCCUCAGUGACCAUUUUAACAUGAGAGGAUAAACAUUAGCGUACAUCAGAUCUCUGCUCUUGUUCGCGGAUACAUUAAGAUCAUAAAACAGUCUAUAUUUUUACUGAGCAGAGAGAGAGAGACGGAGAGGUGGGUUUGGGUGUAUGUGCAUGUGUGGUGAUGAUUAUAAUGGUGUUAGUUGAGUGUUUAUAUAUAGGUUUUUGCAUGGUCACUGUGGUGUUGUUUUCCAUACAUGGUUCCCUUUAGGUGUCCAGUGUUAAAUGUAUCACACACAUGCUUUACAAUCGGUCUAUAAAGUCACAAUGAGAAAUGCCUGAAAAUUUGAAAUGGCUUACUUCUCUCUUACAAAAGUAAGUUAUUGCAAUUUAGUUUUAACAAAUUGUGUGGUUCAUGUCAAUGGAGGUGUUAUCAGGACAAGGUCAUCUGACUGUUUAACCUCUGAACCCCUGUAUUGUGCUUCCAUGUGUGCUAAACAAGCAACAUGCUAAUGGGGUUGGUCAGAUACCAGAUGGAUGAGUGAAAUCCACCACCUCAGCUUUUAUUUAAAGGGAUAGUCCACCCAAAUUUCAUUUACUCACUCUCAUGUUGUUCUAAACAAGUAUAACUUUCUUCUGCUGAAGACAUAAGAAAAUAGUUUUUAAACUGUUUUUGUCCAUAUAGUGAAAGGCAGUGAAGUCUAGAACAACAUUGGACCCCAUUUCCUUUCAUUGUAUGGAAAAAAAAAAAAAAAAGGCGAGACUUUUUUCAAAAUAUAUUCUUUCGUGUUCCACAGAAGAAAUAAUGCCAUACAGGUUUGUAAUUUUUGGGUGAACUAUCUCUUUAAGUGUCAACUGCCUAAAUCAAAGUCUGGCUUGCUUGAUAUUUGUCAAAUUAUGACGAAAUAUUAGAAGCCUUGCACAACAUUCACAGUGAGAUGGGGUGAAAGCAAAUGUGUUUUAUUAAUAGAAUAAAGACAUUUGAUUUAUGAAAAAUACAUAGGCACGGCUGUUCUGUGGACCUGGUGCAUGAGUUCCAGCAACAAAAUGAUAGAAAUGUCAAAUGUUAUUUAUUAAAUAUCUAGUUAAAAAUUGUUUACUGUGACAACAUUUGAAAAAUGAGGGAACAUUUUUUUAUGGAAUCAUCCACAAGCUAAUGAAUUGAACGUUUAAUGGUCAUGUGACAUGCAGUACACUGUGGCAAAAGUAACUGAGAUGCUAUGUAUAAAGACAAAUCUAUAUUUUCAUGUGAUGAAAAUUAAAAAUAAUUUUAGUUUUGUAUGGAAAGGGGUCUUGUGAAAAGAAACAUUCUUAUUUUCUCAAUAUCAAUUUUGUUGCCUACAAUCUUGUCUCCUGUUCUCUGUGUAUCAGAUAUUGCUUAGGUUUUUCCAUUACAAUCAAAUAAAUAAAGGCACAAUACCUUUAUUCUUUUCUACAUUGGAGACAAUAUUGUUGGCAGUUGCUAUGUUUCAUGUUGUUCCUUGUUUCACUGGUAAAUGUUCUUGUUUGUUCACUAGUUCUGUGGAAGUUCAAACAAUAGGUGUGUAAAUAUUUGUCUCCCAGUCUUUCCAGCCAUUAACACUUUCUUUUUCUUUUGUUACCUACUGUUUAACUGAAAAGUAUUUUGAAUAUUGGGUGUUAAGGGGUUAAUAUAGUAGUGUAUAUGUUAUUGAUUGGUGAAUGAGGAGUCGACUGAUGACACCAAUCAAACAACUAUUGCAUUCUGUUAGAAGCCAUGCAACAUUGUCUUUUUUUUUUUUUUUUUUUUUUUGAGAGAGAGAGAGAGAGAUUUUAGCUAUUCCAUUGUUGUUGUGCCAAAUGACUUUGUACUCCGGUACUGUGCUAGGCUUGUUUUAGUACAACAUUCCGCUGUAAAAUUCCCUGAAAUCCUUCAUGAUACUGAUCAACAGCCUCAUCAGAUAUCAUUUGAAUUAAUAUGAGAACAGCUAAUUAGAAUUUAGACUAAACAUCACUGAUCUACAAUAUUGAUAUUCUAUUUAAAUAUGUAUGGCAUUUAAAAAGUCAUAAUUAGUCAUUAAAAUCCCUCUUUACAGUUUUGGUUUUAUAAUUAAUGUUUGCACACCUGAAUAACUAAAAUGGAGCUUUGGCAGUAUUAACUUAUGUAGAUUCCUGUGUAAAUCUGCUCCUUCCAAGGCAGAUAACACAACAUUUUUAAAACUUUUAUUUGAACUUGUUUUUUUUCUUCUGUGAAAUGUAAUGCCAAGAGGAUGAGAAACGACAUUGAAGUUAAACAAUUUCAUCUCAUGGCAUGUUUAUAAAGUUUCUUUGUUCCAGCGAUUUGACAAUGGUUGAAAGAGCCUUGAAUCAUCCUGACCAUAUCUGUACCUUACUGUCACUGUCUCUGUCAGUUGAAACUGGUGGUUAUGGUAUCAUACUCUUAUAGGCGUAUACAUACUGAUAUGUGGCUUCUAUAAUAUGCACAUUUAUUUUUGAUUUUCUUACUAAAAUGUAUAAUUAUUCUUGUGACAAUAAAAAUACUUUUAAUUUGGAAA